CACAAUUCAACUCUCUCACACCUUCCUCAAGUCUUCGAAAUACCAUUUGCUUUUUGCACUCUCUUUCUCUUUUCUUGAGGUCCCCUAAGAAUUUGCUAAUUUUCUCUCCUUUUCUCAUCCGCCAUCCCAUCUUUCUCUCUCCCCAACCAUCUUUUUCCCAUCUCCCAAGCAACUUUCUCUCUCUAGAAAAGACAUUAGCUAAUAUUUGCCUCCUUGUCCAACUAUAUAUACCACCUCCCACCACCUCACUUAUUGUACUUGCCCACCACCACUUUUCCCCCUAAAACCCUAAUCCUUCUCUCUCAACCUUUUUUCCCUUCUGUGUGUCUCUCUCUCUAGAAAACACAAUCCUAGAUUUGGGCUUUGUUUGUUCCCCCUUUAGAAUCAAACCUAAAACCCACUUUUCUAUUUUCUCAUUGGUGUAGAAAAUGGAUGACACAAGCAACCACAAUAGGAAGCGAGCCCGAGAUGACUCGGACAACUCGGAAGCCAAUAGCACCCAACCCGAUACAAAACUCAUCCGAGUCGACUCAAGCAACUCGGUUGCCAGCUCCCACGAGUCGGCCUCCACCGGAGAUCAAUCGAACAACUCGGAUAUUAACUCGGGCGAGUCAUCGACUCAGACUCCCGACCGAGUUAACUCGGACGCGUUGCGUAUGGGGUCGGCGGAGGUCAAGCUGAUACAAGACGACCUACUUAACAUCCUGGACGACUCGGACGCCGUCCCGGAGAUUCAAGACCUUGACUCGGUGAUUAAGAGCUUCGAGGAGGAGAUACAAGUUCCGGCAUUUCCCGCGUCCGAAGACACGUCGGCUUCAGGCGAGUCGACGCAACCAGAGCUUGGUUACCUUCUGGAAGCUUCGGACGACGAGCUUGGUCUCCCACCGACCAAUGGAGCAAAUGAGGAGGAAAAAAUCGAGGCCGCUGAUUUCACCGAGAGUGGUUUCGAGGCCUUUGGAUUUGAUGGCAUAGUAGGGUUCGAUAACGACAUGAUUCCAAGCUACGACUCGUUCGAUUUCGGAAUCGGUGGCGACACUGAAUUUAUUAAUGACAAUUAUAUUGGCGGGGAGGAGUACUUGGCGUUAGGCGGUUUGUUUGAUUACUCCGGCGGCGGCGUUUCGGAUGAUUCGUGGCGGACCGAGUCGCUUUCCGCUUCGUAGAAACGUUUCGGGCGGCAUGCCGAAGGGUUUUGGUUAAACCCCCGGCCCGCGGCAUGCGUAAAAUGGGUUUUGUUUCAUUUUACGCGCUAGACAUGCAGAUGUUCAUAUGAUAUAGGUUGUAAAACGUGACAGAAAGCAAGGGAAAUGGAAAUUUUGUGGAUUUGAACAAAACAUGGUGAUAUUGUUUUACUUCUUUCUGUAAGAUGUUACUUGGCACAAAGAUAUUCGUUCUAAUUUUUUUAUGCAGUUCAUAUUUCAAAAUA